AGCUCCCAGCAGACACCGAGAAGAGACAGGGCUGUGCCCCUAGUGCCCAUUCCAGAUUCCCAAAUAUGGAGAAGGACUGGGUUUUGGAAGAGGAACAGAAUGCUCACCCUUGAAAGAGAGGGAGAGAAGGAGGGAGUAUGAGCCACUGUCAAGUCGCCUGCUCCUGGUCACCAUAGCAACCGUGACGAGCCAGCAUCCAGCUCUGCUGCACUGACUUCUCCAACCCCAGCUGAGAUGCAGCAGUGAGGACAAGAAACAAGAGGCAGACACCCAGGAUCUCAUUCCUUCCUUGUUGCCUCGACUGUGAAUCCCUGGACCCCGGGAGAGAAUUGCAGAGAAGGGACAAGGGGGAGAAAGGGAUGUACCGUGGAGCCUCCCCAUGCUAGCCUCCGGUGGGGGUCCAGCGGGAAGGGGGAGUGUGCAGCACUAAAGAUGUGUGCAGCCAUAGCAGCCGCACCUGUAUGCUGAGGACCAUGGAGAGCCAGCACUUAUUAUGUAUUGAGGAGAUGCCCUUUGAAGCCCUAAUCGGCACCCAUGAUGACUGAAUGAAAAAGAAUCAGAGGCUUCAAUCAUACAGAACUUCAAUGAUCUCAAGUGGGAGCAAAGAGGACUUGGGAUCCUGUAUAUGCCUUCAGCAGGCACUGGACAAAGGAAGAUUAAUGUGACAGAAUCAGGUGGAUCAACAGCCAUCCCACUGCCCCCUUUGUUGGGGGCUGCUGAGAGUGGGGAAGCAUGGAGGACAGUAAGAAUGAGACAAUGAAUCGCGCUCACGUCCUCUUUGACCGGUUUGUGCAGGCCACCACCUGCAAGGGGACCCUCAAGGCCUUCCAAGAGCUCUGUGACCACCUAGAACUGAAGCCUAAGGACUACCGCUCCUUUUAUCACAAGCUCAAGUCCAAGCUUAACUACUGGAAAGCCAAAGCGCUGUGGGCAAAGUUGGACAAGCGGGGCAGCCACAAAGACUACAAAAAGGGAAAAGCAUGCACUAACACCAAGUGUCUCAUCAUUGGAGCUGGCCCCUGUGGUCUCCGUACAGCCAUUGACUUAUCCUUAUUGGGAGCUAAGGUGGUCGUUAUUGAGAAACGAGAUGCCUUCUCCCGCAACAAUGUCUUGCAUCUCUGGCCAUUCACCAUACAUGAUCUGCGAGGUCUGGGUGCCAAGAAGUUCUAUGGCAAGUUCUGUGCUGGAGCUAUUGACCAUAUCAGUAUCCGUCAGCUUCAACUAAUACUUUUGAAAGUAGCCCUGAUCCUAGGCAUUGAGAUCCAUGUCAAUGUGGAAUUCCAAGGUCUUGUACAGCCUCCUGAGGAUCAAGAAAAUGAACGUAUAGGUUGGCGGGCACUGGUCCACCCCAAAACGCAUCCUGUGUCAGAAUAUGAAUUUGAAGUGAUCAUCGGAGGGGAUGGCCGUAGGAACACCUUGGAAGGAUUUCGCCGGAAAGAAUUUCGUGGCAAGCUGGCCAUUGCCAUUACAGCAAAUUUUAUUAACCGAAAUACAACAGCAGAAGCCAAAGUGGAAGAGAUCAGUGGUGUGGCUUUUAUAUUCAACCAAAAAUUUUUCCAGGAACUGAGGGAAGCCACAGGUAUUGACUUGGAGAAUAUUGUCUACUACAAAGACGACACACACUAUUUUGUUAUGACAGCCAAAAAGCAGAGUUUGCUAGACAAAGGGGUGAUACUGCACGACUAUGCCGACACAGAGCUCUUGCUUUCCCGGGAGAAUGUGGACCGAGAGGCUCUGCUGAACUAUGCCAGGGAGGCAGCAGACUUCUCCACUCAGCAGCAGCUGCCAUCUCUGGAUUUUGCCAUCAAUCACUAUGGGCAGCCUGAUGUAGCCAUGUUCGACUUCACUUGUAUGUACGCCUCCGAGAAUGCUGCCUUGGUGCGGGAGCAGAAUGGACACCAGUUGUUAGUGGCCCUGGUUGGGGACAGCCUCCUAGAGCCUUUUUGGCCAAUGGGAACAGGAAUAGCUCGAGGAUUUCUAGCUGCUAUGGACUCAGCCUGGAUGGUACGAAGUUGGUCUCUAGGAACAAGCCCCUUGGAGGUCCUGGCCGAGAGGGAAAGCAUUUAUAGAUUGCUGCCUCAGACCACCCCUGAGAAUGUGAGUAAAAACUUCAGCCAAUACAGCAUCGACCCUGUCACCAGAUAUCCCAAUAUUAACGUCAACUUCCUCCGCCCGAGCCAGGUGCGCCAUUUAUACGAUACUGGGGAAACAAAAGAUAUUCAUCUGGAAAUGGAGAACCUGGUGAAUUCCCGAACUACCCCAAAGUUGACUCGCAAUGAGUCUGUAGCUCGUUCAAGCAAACUGCUGGGUUGGUGCCAAAGGCAGACAGAUGGCUAUGCAGGGGUAAAUGUGACAGAUCUCACUAUGUCUUGGAAAAGUGGACUGGCCUUAUGUGCGAUCAUCCAUAGAUACCGCCCUGAUCUGAUAGAUUUUGAUUCUUUGGAUGAGCAAAAUGUGGAGAAGAAUAACCAGCUGGCCUUUGAUAUUGCCGAGAAGGAGCUGGGCAUUUCUCCCAUCAUGACAGGCAAAGAAAUGGCCUCGGUGGGGGAGCCUGACAAGCUUUCUAUGGUGAUGUACCUGACUCAGUUCUACGAGAUGUUCAAGGACUCACUCCCCUCCAGUGAGGCCCUGGACCUGAAUGCUGAGGAGAAAGCAGUUCUUAUAGCCAGCACCAAAUCCCCCAUCUCCUUCCUCAGCAAACUUGGACAGACCAUCUCUCGGAAGCGUUCUCCCAAGGAUAAAAAGGAAAAGGACUUGGAUGGUGCUGGAAAGAGGAGAAAGACCAGUCAGUCGGAAGAGGAGGACGCGCCCCGGGGCUACAGAGGAGGAAGGCCCACACUGGUGAGCACUCUGACAGACAGGAGGAUGGAUGUGGCUCUUGGCAAUCAGAACAAAGUGAAGUACAUGGCAACCCAGCUGCUGGCCAAAUUUGAAGAGAAUGCACCCCCACAGUCCACUGGCAUGAGGAGACAGCCAACACAAGAGCGUGGGGUCAGCCAGCCGUCCUGCUGCCUUCCUGAGCAGGGUCGCCCUGCUCCCACCCCCCAGUGGAAACAGCGACGGGAAAAGGAGCGUUCUCGGACCUGCCCCAAAAAAGUGAUCACACUCCCUCCUCCCCUUACUCCACCUCCCUGUCGGGCGCCUGGCAGCCAGCAGACAUACAGGGAUCUUGAUGCUGACAGCCGUGGCAAGCAGAGUCCCCACCAUGAGAGGCCAGAGCCUGAACCUUCUCGUCGAUUCUUUGUUGACCAGUGGGAGCUUUUUCUUAGUCUUCGCUCCUCCACCCGCCCCGCUUCUCCUUCCUCUGACUCCCUCCGACAGAAGUAUAUAAAGAUGUACACGGGCGGAGUGAGCUCAUUGGCUGAGCAGAUAGCCAAUCAGCUUCAAAGGAAAGAACAGCCCAAAACCCUUCUAGACAAGAAGGAACUGGGCUCGAUAAAGAAGGAGUUCCCACAGAACUUGGGAGGCAGCGACACGUGCUAUUUCUGCCGGAAGCGGGUCUAUGUGAUGGAAAGGCUGAGUGCUGAGGGCAAGUUCUUCCAUCGGAGCUGCUUCAAAUGCGAGUACUGUGCCACCACCCUGCGCCUCUCGGCCUACGCCUAUGACACGGAGGACGGUAAAUUCUACUGCAAACCACACUACUGUUAUCGACUCUCCGGCUCUGCACAGAGGAAGAGACCAGCAGUGGCUCCUCUCUCUGGAAAGGAGGCCAGAGAAGCCCUGCAGGAUGGCCCGACUGUGGACGCAAAUGGACGGGCCAGUGCCAUGGCCAGCCCUGCUGAGAGAACCCCAGGUUCAAGUAUGAAUGGUCUCGAAGAGCCUAGCAUUGCCAAGCGACUCAGGGGCACUCCUGAACGGAUCGAGCUGGAGAACUACCGCCUGUCUGUGAAACAGGCCGAGGAGCUGGAGGAGGUGCCCGAGGAGACGCAGGCUGAGCACAACCUGAGCAGUGUGCUGGACAAAGGCGCAGAGGAGGACGUGGCCAGCAGCAGUUCUGAGUCCGAGAUGGAGGAAGAGGAGGAAGAGGAGCCUCCUCUGCCCACCUCAGACCUGGGUGGCGUUCCUUGGAAGGAGGCUGUGAGGAUCCAUGCUCUUCUGAAAGGAAAGAGUGAAGAGGAACUAGAGGCCUCAAAGAGCUACGGGCCUGGGAAUGAAGAGGAGGAGGAGGAAGAGUAUGAAGAGGAGGAGGAGGAGGAAGAAUAUGAGGAGGAGGAGGAAGAGUCUAGUGAAGUCGGGAGCCAGAGGCUACAGCAGAUCAUAAAUCCGGCCGACCCCUUGGAGAUCCAGGCUGAUGUGCACUGGACACAUAUUCGCGAGAAAGAGGAGGAGGAGCGAAUGGUACCAACCUCUGAGUCCUCCACUUCUAGAGUGCCUGACCUUCCCUCCAUACGCCGCGCAGCCGUGCAGGCCUGGCUGGAGACAGUCUCCGGAGUCCCAUUUGAUGAGAAUGACCUGGAGGAAGAUGUGGAUUCGGAGCCGGCAGAGAUAGAAGGGGAGGCAGCGGAGAAUGGGGACACAGGGGACACUGGUGCUGAGCUGGAUGAUGAUCAGCACUGGUCUGAUGAUAUCCCGUCAGAAGCCGAAACGGAGCUUCACAUGCAGCAACAGGCAGUGGUGGAAGCGGAGCUAGAGCUGAGGGCAUCAGAAAGUGAGGAGGAGCAACCCGUCACCACACCAGGGCACCAGGAGAGAAGUCCCGCCCAAGUCCCCAGCCCUGCCCCGUCUCCUGAGGAGCAAGCCGGUCUGCUCUCCCCAGGCCACAGCCCUGUGGCAGAGGGAGCCCAAAUCCCACCUGUCUCUGUUCCUACCAAAGUGAAAUUGCCCGAGGAGAGCCUUUUCCCUGAACCUUUGCUCCCCAAAGUGAAGCCCAAAGCAGAAGUGCCCACUGACCAGAGAGCUGUGCGCUCUCCUAUCCGAUCGCAGCCAGUGGCUCUGCCGGAAGCCAGGACACCUACCUCCCCAGUUAGUUCACAGCACCUGUCACCGUUGGCCACCUCCACCCCCACCACCACCCAGCUCCCCAUUUGCUCCCAGCCUCAGCCUUCCUCUGAGGCCACUAUCCCAUCCCCCACCAAGUCCCCCAUAUGCUUCCAGCCUGUUCCAGCCAAAACAUCCAUCCCCGUGGUUCCCCUCCCCUUGAAGAACCAAAGGGACACCAAGGAUAGACUGGGCAGCCCUCUCGCUGUGGAUGAGGCCCUGAAACGGAACGAUCUGGUGGCAGAGUUCUGGAUGAAGAGCGCCGAGAUCCGCCGCAGCCUCGGGCUCACACCUGUGGAUCGGAGCAAGGUGUCCGAGUCCAGCUUCCCCUCACCUGCCUUUAAACCAGUGUCCCUAAAAUCCUUUUCAGUUGAGAAGUCUCCUCAGGGUGAGGGGCUCCAGCUUCUAAAACCUCCACCUGUUCCUAAGAGACUAGGCCUGCCGAAGUCGGAUGGUGACCAGCCCUCCCUGCCGACCCCCAAGUCCCCAUCUGACAGAGAGCUGAAAAGCUCCCAUGAGGAGAGAAGAGAUCUGUCGAGCAGCUCUGGGCUGGGCCUUCAUGGGAGCUCCUCCAACAUGAAAACCUUGGGCAGCCAGAGCUUCAACACCUCAGACUCCACCAUGCUCACUCCACCUUCAAGCCCACCUCCACCCCCACCCCAGGAUGAGGAGCCUGCAACUCUUCGAAGGAAGCCAUAUCAGAUUUAUGAGCAUAAGGAGACCAAGCCCAAGGCCUCGGUGAUCCCACCCCCACCACCUGCCUCCUUUAUGCGGGCCCCCCGAGAGCCUGCCCAGCCCCCUCGAGAGGACUUGCGGAAGUCGUUUGUGGAGAGUGUGGAUGAGAUCCCCUUUGCCGAUGACGUGGAGGAUACCUAUGAUGACAAGACAGAGGAUGCGAGUCUACAGGAGAAGUUCUUCACACCCCCCUCCCACUGGCCCCACACAGAGAGGUCCCUCCACCCACCCCUAGCCAAGGAGAAUGGUAGGUUGCCUACUCUGGAGAGUGGGGUCCAACCACAGAAGAGGGGCCUGCCCGUGGUCUCUCCAGAAGCCAAGGAGCUGGCUGAGGAGCGCAUGCGAGCCAGGGAGAAGUCUGUGAAGAGCCAGGCAUUGAGAGACGCUAUGGCCAAGCAGCUGAGUAGGAUGAAGGAGAUGGAGAUGGCAGCUGGGACCUCCAGGCCCCCAGGAGGCACCUCCCGCAAAGCCUCCUCAGUUGCCUCCAAGGGCAAAGACCUCGGCCCCGAGUCCCCUAAACGCCCCGUUCUCAAAGGCCCCAGGGAGCCUACCCUGAAGCACGAAGCCACUAGUGAGGAGGUCCUCUCCCCUCCGUCGGACUCAGGGGGCCCCGAUGGUUCGGUCACCUCAUCUGAGGGCUCCAGUGGGAAGAGCAAGAAGAGAUCGUCACUCUUCUCCCCCCGCAGAAACAAGAAAGAGAAGAAGUCCAAAGGCGAGGGCCGGCCUCCAGAGAAGCCCAGCCCAGACCUCCUGGAGGAAGCCGCUGCCAAGCCCAAGUCCUUGUGGAAGUCCGUCUUUUCUGGGUACAAGAAGGACAAGAAGAAGAAGGGCGAUGACAAGUCCUGUUCCAGCACCCCUUCCAGUGGUGCCACUGUGGACUCGGGCAAGCACAGGAUGUCUCCCAUUGUGAGAGCAGAGCUGCAGCUGCGGCGCCAGUUGAGCUUCUCGGAGGACUCAGACCUCUCCAGUGACGACAUCCUUGAGAGGUCUUCCCAGAAGUCCAGGCGAGAGUUGAUUUAUGUACCACACGCCUUGGCGUUCAGGAGAUCAUAUGCAUCAAAGCCAAGAACUUACACAGAGGAGGAACUGAACGCCAAGCUGACCCGGCGUGUGCAGAAGGCAGCUCGGAGACAGGCCAAGCAAGAGGAACUGAAGCGGCUACACCGAGCCCAGAUUAUCCAGCGGCAGCUGGAGCAGGUGGAGGAGAAGCAGAGGCAACUGGAGGAACGAGGGGUUGCCGUGGAGAAGGCGCUCCGUGGUGAAGCAGACUAUUGGGGAGAGUCUUAUUACAGUGGCCUCAUCGACUUGCAUCUGGGUGGAGCUGAAGAGAUGGGGACGCAUCAAUACAGUGGCCCAGACGGGGGCAGCAGCCCAGGAAAGAGAUGGGCCAGUGAGGGUAACUUCAAAGGGGGCAUGGGGAAGAAAGAUGACCCCAAGCUGAUGCAGGAGUGGUUCAAGUUGGUGCAAGAGAAAAAUGCCAUGGUGCGCUACGAGUCGGAGCUGAUGAUUUUUGCCCGGGAGCUGGAACUGGAAGACCGGCAGAGCCGACUACAGCAGGAACUUCGGGAGCGGAUGGCGGUGGAAGAUCACCUGAAAACUGAGGAGGAGUUGUCAGAGGAGAAGAAGAUCUUGAACGAGAUGCUGGAGGUGGUGGAGCAGAGAGACGCCCUCGUGGCCCUGCUUGAGGAACAGCGACUCCGGGAAAAAGAAGAAGACAAGGACCUGGAGGCUGUCAUGCUAUCCAAGGGCUUCAGCCUGAACUGGUCCUGAGCUCUACCUGUGCUCCGGCUGGCUGGUCUGUGGCAUCCACCUGACCCAGGCUGGGUUCUCCCAAACCACCCAGAUGAAAGAUCUCAGAAGGCCCGGCACCUCCUGGGAGUUGACACGCAAAUGUCUAUGUGCCUCUUGAAAAGUGGGUCGAAUGUCUGUGCUCUGGGGAACCCCGGGUGAAGAUGAUUAUCUGAGGUGGCUCAGCCUCCUUGGAAGAGGCCCACCCUGACUUCCUGCUCCAGAGAGAGGAAUACGGAGCAUUUGACAUGUGAUAUGGGAAAAAAGAAAACCCGCUUGCUCCCCAAGGACACGUGGUGGCUGAAGCUCCUCCUUCCACAAGAGGAGACAAGAGAAGGAAGCUGCCCCCUCUCCGUCAAAACCACAACCACCAGAGUGCACCUUCACGGAGCGGAAGGGACAGCAAUCUUCUUCAUGCUUCCUGAAGCACCACCAAAGAAACGAAGAAGACACCCCGGCGGGGGCAAGAUGUGAUUCAAGCCCUAGGAGGGGGGCAGUGGCCAGCAGGUCAGCGCCUGCCCCAGUAUCGCAGGGGAAGCUGGAGAUGGGCUGGCUCCCGAAUUCAUGAUGCAAGUAAGGAGGACCCAGGAGGGGUCUGCUCCCUGGCUCCCUGCACCGCACACUGGACCCCUUGUGGCCAAAUGCCCCAGGCCUCCCUCUGGCUGUGACCCGAGGCCUGAGGAUUGCUGCAUUCUGCUUUGAAUUCACAACAAUUUUGACACUGGAAAUACUGACUUUGGGGGACAGGAUGAGGCCCUACAUUUCUAGCCCCCAGUUGACAGACAGGCGUUGUUACUGUUCAGCGCUUCACGUCGGGGUGGGAGAUUAUCUUUUUCCCUGACCUUUUUCCUGUGUUUGCACAUUGAGAUGAAGCUGUCAGCCUAGCAAGACGCUCAGCCGCUUCGGACCCUUUUUGUCAGUUAACUUAUUUUUUUAAUACUUGAAGAGAAGUAACUUCAUUUUUAUAUCUUUACUAGAGACACUGAUCACUUGGCACCCGAUGUAGGAGUGACAGGGGUAUCUGCCGUGUCCUCCUACACGGUCCUAUCCCGAACUGACUGAACGCUGUUCCAGCCAUCUAUUUAUUAGCUUUCUUCAGAGUGUUGCUGACCCAGUUGGCAUCAGGGAGCAGCUGAGAACCCCACGUGGGUUCUUGGUCCUAGCUCUCCUGUCCCCUCCUGUAUUUGGCGUCUGGCCCCUCCUCCUUGACCCGGCCCACCCUCACUGUGGUACCAAACUUUGUGUCUGCACCAUUCAUUUGUCAGGGGUACAUUUCAGCACUGUUUGAGGCCAGGCCAAAGGGCACAGAUGCCACUCGCCUCUCCCUGUUGAACCCUGGCUCUGCAGAACCCAUUUAUUUUCUCCAUUUUGGUGCCAGGGUUUCACCUCCCCAUAGCACAUUUAUUAUUAAAGGUAAGCCCUUUUCCAGGCUGGCAUUGUAGUCUGGGACCUUGUAAUCCCUCUGGCUGAUGAGAAUUCUCUCAGCCCAGCCUCAGAUCCAACCCGAUAGAGAUGCAAGUGUUGGAAUUUAGGUUGGUCUCUCACAGUUAACUCUACCCUGAACCUCCUCUGCACCUCGAUCUUCAUGGGAAGGCAUGGGAUAAUGAGCACCAUGUAACUGGCUCCUUGAGCCAAACUGCUCAUUUCUCACAGUUCAACUAGAGACUGGCAUUGUACAGCUCAUAGAGCCACAGUCGGAGAAAAUGUGGUGGGGAAUCCACAGAACUGACACACGGUCAGCGCAGGGAGGAUUCCUGUCCGAGCAAGGCCAAUGCGGAAGGGCCCUCUGGCAGACUCCUGGUGGAGAGGGGCCAGGGUAGGGCGAGCAGAGGCCUGGCAGUUCCUCAGAGUAGCCUAGCUCAGGUGUCCGUGCCGACCUUGGGACUUCUUCGGGGAGCCCCGCCAUGCCUCAGCUUGAACCUUCAUUCCUAGUACAAAGGAACAGGGAAUGUGUCUUGCUCUUCACUUUGUCCAUGAGCUGCCAUCUGUCUCCUGUGGAAGCACAGGAGGUGCGCUGCUGACAACCGUCGCAGCUCCGACUCCUUCACUUCCUGUUCUCUGAUGAGGCGGAGUGUCCGUGUUUAUGCGCUUUCUUAAAAAGGCGAGAGGAGGGUGUUCUAGAUUCCCUCUUUAAACCUCACCCUUCCAGUAAAAUUGGACUUGAGACAGGCCCCUCAUCGCCUGUGUGGCCUUGUCCCUGACCCUCUUCGUCCCUCGAAUGCCGCCGUAGCCAGCCCAGCCCCAGGAGAGCCGCCUCCAUCCCUCCUGGCUCCUGCAAACCCUGGAGCAAGGCAGCGCUGUGCCAAGUGGUGGGCUCAGGACGUGACCGUAGCGACACGCUGUGAGUAGCCUCAUGUAGCGCGGGCGCCACACGGGACCUGUGCCCUCGCGGCCGGCCGGCCCGGUCAGCCUUUAGCACCCCUGCGUCCUUCCGAAGCACACACUGCGGGCUGCGGUUGCUAGAAAGGGGACUGAAGACUUUGCAGAGAAGGUUCCAAAAUCCACAAGCCUCCAACACGUGCCCUGGUUCUCCACUCCCAACGCUGUUAGGACUUGCGGCUCUAGUAGUGCCCCUUUCUUUUAAAGCUCCCGUUUUAUAACCACUAGUUUGCGGUUUAUGUUAGUACCCUGGUGACAGGCUGCAUGAAAUGUUUUCCAACUCUGGAAAUGCAUGCAGCUCCAGGCAACUGUUCUUCCCGAGAUUUAAGUCCCCUUGAAGGCAGGGACACAGGAAAUGAAAUGCCAGAGCUUGAGUGAGCCCAAACACAAGGCCCACAGAGUGGGCAACCAGUUCCGCAUCACCAGAGGGAGGCAGCAGACACCUCCACUCCUGAGUCUGAGGGACUUCUUGUGGAGUUCUCACCCUGCUCGGGUGAUAUCUUUGGGCCUUUGCCCCCAGAAACCAUCCUCCAGUUGCUUUUGACCAGCAAUGAUAGACUAUUCUUUAUCCUCUGAAAAGAGAAGAAAGUUUUCAGUGGGGCAGGAGGUAGAAUUCAAAGAAAAACAGUUGUAAGGUGGUAAUAACUGAGCUGCAAAGGGGAAUGGGCCACUUUAUGCGCAAUAAAAGUUUUUCACAGAAAUACAGAGUGUAUUUCUUAAGUCAUUUUACCAAACUUGGCAGCGAGCCAGGAUGCAUUUCCACGUUCCAGCACCUGCCCUUUUCAGGUAUGUGGUGUCCAUGCAAGUCAUUUAGAUGCCUGGCGCAUGUGUGGGUGUGUGUCCAAGCUUGUUUAAAGAACACAACUUCAUCUUACCCAGGCUCAGCCAUCAACUGCUGUCAUUUGAGAAAAUGCCUGAAACAACUUAGUAUGAUAGACGCUGUUCUUCAAAACCAGGCCUCAGUACCGUCUUGAAGAGAGGAAGCACGUUCUGUGAAGUGAGAUUCUUCAAGUUGGAGUGGUCCCAUGCUCCUGGCAGCCUUCCUUGCCAGCCCUGCGUCCGUGCCAGCCUGGCCUCUGUCCUUUGACACAGCUGCCCAGGGAGCCCAGUGGUGUGGGGUCUGCAGCCUCCAGGCCUAAAUCGUUCAGAUGUGUCAGUGUCCACAAGUACAUUCAGCAUAGGGUCUUGGAGAGAUAUCACCCUUCUUUGGACUGGAAUCAUCCCCAAGAGAUUGAAGGGAACAAUCCUGGCCAACUCUUCUCUCUGCUACAGGAAGCCUCUUGGGUUUGUCUCCAAAUGGAGACACAUUCCAGCUCUUUUCCCCUCCCUUGGUGUGAUGACUUUGUCAUCACCCACAGAGCUAACCCCAAAGGCACAUGUCUCCCUCCGGCCCAGUAAUGGCUGCAGGGAGAGAAAAAAUGGCACUAGAUGGGUGGAGGGGAGUGUUGGCCAGCCUAGAAGUCACUGCCAUGGAAGCUGGUUCCCAGAGCCUUUCAGCCUUGUUGCCCGCUAUCCCAGAAAGAAGAAAGGGGCCUCUCUGACACAGACGUGGACAUCUCAGGCAGAAAAAAUAUAACUAGCUCAAGUGAACUUUCUGUGGCCAUGGUGCGUGCCUGUUGGGGAAGACUGGAGUUCGGUAGUCACCACCUGUGCCGAUCUCAGUCACCUUUUGUUCCUCAGAGGGGCUGGCUUCGAUUAGAGCCGGAAGCAGGCAGGAUUUGACCGCAGUUCCAGCAGCCCCAGGUAGCCAGAAAUGAUGAUUGCUGUUUUUAGGCAGGUAACCAGAAAGGAAGACUGCCCAAGCCCCCACGUAAGUGCCACCUCAGAAGCACACACCCUCAUUCCUUCCAAGCAGCUACCAUGUCUUAUGGCUCUGAAAUCCCUCCUGAACCCUGAGUCUUCCUGGAAUCAGAGUGAAAAAUGGCAAACGGAGAGAAUGUGCCAUUUUAUUUUAUGAGCUGGCCAGACUGGCCCACUUACGGAGAUUCUCCCUCCUCUUGUGUUACCAGCUCGGAAGAUCCCCUCCCAGCAACGCUCAGUGAAGAGGGUAAGAAGCCAUCCUCUUAGGUGGGUUAUGCCCCACUGAGACAUCAGCCCAGGGGCCAGAGCUGCACCGCGUACGCUAAACCAAGGAGCCUGUUAGGCCAGGUGCCCAGGGUCACAAAGGCCUUUCACGGACACUCCCAGAUGAACCACCUGUCACUGCUGAACUUGACCACGUAGCAUUUUGUGACAGCCCGACUCCUUGUGUCCCCUGCCCUGAGGUCUUCCUGCAGGUGGGGCUUAAACAGGGAAGCCAGAGUCCUGGCUUCUGUGGGUAGGCCAUGUAUGCUGGCUGCCUCUGCCUGAGAAGCCAGCUGAUACCAAGACAAAUAUGGAAGAGGCGACAGCGUCCAUGAUGCACACUCACGCGCGUGUGCGCAUACACAUAAGCAUCUUCCUUUUCAUGGUCAGCAUGACCUUUCUCCAGAGUGGACAUCUAGCUGUAAAGUAGGCUGAAUUUAAGCCUUUGGACCCAGGAGGGACCAGCUGUGGUGGUGGUCCAGGCUCCCGGCUAAGGCAGGAUCCAAGUUGAGGAUCUUGUAACAACAAACAGCCUGGUGCGUGGAAGACCACAAUUGUAUGGAACAGUCUCCAAAGUAGGCAGAUGGAGCAGUCCUCCAGAUCCAGGGGAAGGGUCGUUUGGAGUGCCCAUUGCAGGUGUGGGGCUGCCUCACACAACCUGUGAAAUGAGAAGGAGGUUGCUGGUGUCCGUGGCCACAAGUGAGAGAGCGGUAAGGAAAGGGAGUUAGCAUUCAGACAUGAGACUCGCUCCUGCCUCUUCCCUGACUUCAGAGGAAGCUGAGGCUUAGCAUGUAACUGGUCGGUGCCUCCCUCCCUGUUAACCAACCCACAGGAUCCAUGGGAGGGCAAAACAUUGAAGGGUUUGAGAUUCUUGAAUCGGGGCCUUUGUAGAUGGACAGACAUCUUUCAUGACGGUAACUAAUGUUGCCCUUGAAGAAACCAGAGGAGGACUGAAGGCGGUCCCAGCACCUCUAGGGGCUGACUCCUUACUACCCAAGUUCAUCUCCUAUCUAUCUGGUGAGCCAAUGGAGUUGUGCAUUUAUUUUUAAUUACUUAAAAUGCUGGGCUGAAUCUUCUGUUUCCUCUCAACUUAAUCCAGGUUGCUGUAGACAGGCAGUGUUCGCAGAACCUUCAGAUGGGCCGCUGCUGGGUGUGUGCCUGAGGUGGGACCAUGCUGAGCUCGAGUCAGCACUCAGUGCCUUACUGGGAACAAACCAGCACUCUCAGCUCAAGGGGACGCCCCAGCCUUUUCCCUCCUGCUCCCUUCUACAGCCCACAGCCACCGGCCACCUCCACCUUCAUCUUAAGGCAGCUCUGCCAAACCUGCUCUCCCUGUGGUGGCUCCAGGGGACAUGCCGUGGGUCCCUGGUCCUCCAGAGUCAUGAUCAAGGAUAAGGGAUUCAUCCAAGUGAAGGCUAGGGUAUGUUAGUGUUAAGAUGCUGAUCAAGAGCCAAAACAAGGGUUCACUCACAUACACCAGAGGCAACUGGCACAGCAAGCAACGGGAAAAAAUGAGUGUUUCUUGGUAGAAAGGCCCAGAUGAAUACCCAAGGUUUGGCACUGUGGCCUUCAAGUUGUCUCCCCAAGAGCUUGAAUGCCAGGUCUUUCCUGUGGAGAAAAACACAAGAAGCACCUGACAGCCAACAGCCCCCUUUCCCCAGCUGCAUUUUAUUUAACGCUUUUUAAAAAUGUUUUUAAAGAAUUAAGUACCAUUUUUAAAAUGUAACCAGGGCCAGACUUACUUGGUACCAGCCUUCAUAUUGGGACAGAAUCCUGUUUCUGGCCCUAGUAAUUAAUGUUGUAAGUCUUCAUCACAUUGUUGUUAAAGUCACCUGUAAAAAUCUGGGUGGGGAGGCAGGAGGGUCAGGUGGGGAGGGUCGUGCCUGAGGCUGGAAGAUGCUGGCCUUGGGUCAGCACUUGGUGCCUUAUACCAGUUUGGGAACAAACCAGCACUCAACUUGGGGGGGCACCCUCUUCUUUUCCCUGCUGCCUCAUCUACAGCCCAGGGGAUCAGAGUUGGUAGAGCUUUACCUCCUGAGGGGUGGUGACCCCAGAGUGAGAGUCUCUUCUGAGUGAAUCACCCCACCAUGGCCUUGGCCCCUGUUCCUGGAAGAUGCAGAGAGCAGCCCCAGGACCCUGCCAAGUUUUCCUAUGGGAAGAUAUUUGGAAGAAGCAUCAAGAAAAGACAAGUCUUCUGCAACGCUGUGCCUGAGGAGCGUGGAGAGCGGGGAUGCCCGCUGUGUUGACUGCAGGGGUUGAUGUGGACAUGUACACUAAGUUCAUGCCUGUGUUUGUGAAGAGCCCUGCCCACCCUGUUCCUGAAGUUUAGAGUCUUUAAUGGGAAGGGACGAGGGAAACAAAUAGUAACUUUUCUUCGGUUUGGUGUAGCCGAGUGCACAUUUACCCUCCAGCUGUUUGCACUCCUAUGGCCGACAACCAAAAUAAAGUCCGUCAUUUUUUUUUC